AUGGCGGCAAAGCAAUAUUCUCCGCGCGUGUUGGUGCUCGCUAAAGACCCCAAUACUGUCUGCCGGCUUAACGCAAACGCGUUUCAGCAGGAUGCCAUUACGACUUUCAACAACUUCCAGUAUGUCGCCUACUACACUGCCGCUUCGACAAGUCCAGACAGUGUCCGAUAUGUCACAUUAGGGAGACGAAACUUGAUCGAGACAGAUCAAGAUUGGGAGAAAUUGGUCCUCAAAGACUACGAUCAAACCACUGACGAUGGCCACAAUACAAUCAGUAUCGGUAUCUGUACUGGCGACGGGACUAUACAUGUCUCUUUUGACCAUCAUUGCGAUGAUUUACGAUACAGGAUCUCUCCAGCAGGCGUCGCCCUAAAUCCAAGCUCACACGAUUGGACUUCUUCUCUGUUUGGUCCUGUCCGCAAUCAUCUGCCAGGACUAGAGCCAAGUGCCUUUACCAGCAUAUCAUAUCCUCGAUUUGUCAGUGCUGGCGACGACCUCAUGUUCGAAGCUCGGACUGGUAAAGCUGGUGCAGGAUCAGAUAUGAUGUUCUUGUACUCCUCCGAAAGACAGACUUACACAUCACGCGGCACAUAUCUUGUUGGCAUCAACAACAAUCCCUACCCUAAUGGGAUAUCCUUUGCGAACGGGAGAAUGCAUGUCAGCUGGACAUAUCGUGACUUCAUCGCCUAUGAGGGAGCGGACGAUCUAGACAACAAUGCUCACAAAGCACAAGCUGGUCCGAACGGUCCAGAAAACAACUUCGACUUGAACUAUGCAUACAGCGAUGAUUGCGGGCAAUCUUGGUGCAAUUCUGUCGGUCACACGAUUGCCAGUCUUGAAGACACUCAAGCAGUCUCCGAACCUGGCAUUUCGCCAUCUGCCAAAAACAUUGCUAUACAGAAGAUACCGAAGUACAGUGGCAUCAUGAACCAAGAAUCUCAAUGUAUCGGGUCUGUGACUGGCGACUUCCACGUACUCAAUAGAGACAACACUUCGGGAACUGAGCAAUGGCGCCAUUACCUUCGUGACGCUGUCACUGGCGAAUGGACUUCCACAGCCAUACCUGAUGCCUUCCCCACAGAGACAGGGUCUCGAGGCUGCAUUGCGAGUGAUGCGACCGGCAAUAGCAUCUACAUUUUGUUGCCUGGAAACCAAGAUACGAGCUUGAUGUUGUUGCGAAGGAGGAAACUCGAAGGUGCCGGCUAUUCGGGCUUCGAUGUGCUGUGGUCCGGCGAGAGAUACGAUGGCGAGCCAAACGUUGACCGUGCAAGGUUGAGCCAAGGUGAUGGUAUAUUGAGCGUAUUCACACGCACAGCAGGGACUGAGAGGGACGUCGUGGUGCUUGACUUCGAAUUGUAG